AUGUGCGGCCGUGAUACUGACGACGGCUUAAAGUACUGCGAACCCGCCUGUCGCAAUCGCGACUGGCAAUUUCACAAACGGGAAUGCCUUGCCGACCUGCCGGCCGAGCGAGGCCCUCCUGUCACGGAAAGCAACGUGAACAAAACGAGCUUUUGGGGCAUGGAACCGGCCACUGACAUCAUCAACAUCGAGAAAAACGAAGGCAUUGGAUACCAAGGCGAACUGCGUCUGCUGCUCACCGGCUUCAGUAGCUUCCGUCACCUUAUUUACUCCAUCGUCAAGUUGCCCAAGGAGGCCGAUCCACUGCUCCGAGUGGUUAUCAAUGAAUGCAGCUUUCCUCAUGGCAUGCGGGCAUUCAUGGGGCUCCUUCUGCUCACGGACCGGAAGCAUGACCCGGUUCUCAACGCAGAGGCUUUCAUCCACAUGUGGUACUCCAGCCGCGUGUCCCGGGCGAUAUGGGAACACAUAACCGACGUCGUGGGCCCGAAUAUCGAGGCUGUGGUACAAGGUAUUGAAAGAAGAAACAGAAUGGAGGGGUACUCCGACAAUGAGCAACUCUACCACUACAGACUCCUUGACCCUCUAAUCCCGCGGGGAGGCUUCGUGAUGCUGGCAAUUUUCACUCAGGCGCAGUGGUGGGAAAUUCGGAAGCGACUCAAGGAGCCUGGAACUCUCCCGGCGGACAAGGCCACAAUCAUUCGCUUCUUGGACGUCCGGAAGCAUUCGAACUCCUCGGCCGUGUACAAAGCGAGGAUGACCAGCGCGAGGCUGAUGACUCUCAAGAAAUGGCAGUACGAUGGCUGCCUCUUGCCGUACGGACAUCCGCGAGAUGAGUUCGACACUGUCAACCCAUUGUUCUUGCACGAGCAUGACACGUUUCCUCCUGGCGCGACCCAGGAACCUAUGGGAGAGUGGCCCAUGGAGUUCCUCGACAAUGCCGACUCCCCGGCCACCGGCGACGUCUACGGCAAGCUGUUUUACUACCUGCGUGACUUGCUUGUCCAGUGUCAGCUCAGGCUGAAGACACUCGUCGUGGACGUCGACCUCAUGACCUCGCUCCCGAAGCCAUUCGUCGGUAUCGGAGACGUGUGGGAUUUCCACCCGCUUCUCUCACUCACUGCAUUUUCGCGCGUCUUGGCGCACCAGGACGAGAACCCAGCCGCAGCGCUGCUGGUGCAUACAGGCAGCACAGUGUAUCACAGCGACCCGUCGGUGGCCAAGGACCUGGCCAAAGAGACAGAGUUGAUGAGCAGGGAGACGAAGACCGUUCUUGACGUAUACGCUCCACUGCGGCCAGCUGAUGUAUCCCAGCACGACCCCCAGUACAUCCGGCGCGAACUGGGCCUUGUGAUGUGGCGAAACUGGGAUCGCUUCGCGGCCAAAUACUUUUCCUCCCCCGCGCGCUGGGCCUUGCGGUCGCUGAUGCCGCUGGGCAACCCAAUCAGGGAACACCAGAGCGUGUUUCAGGCUGGGUUCUUGGGGUUGCGUGCCCGCGACAAGCACAAGGUGGUGUCUCGCUGGCCAUUGCGGCUGGUACACAGCUCAAACGCCAGGCCGUCCCUCCUCGAGUUCAACCGCUACAUGAGCUGGGGUAUUGACGCUACUGGCCUCACCCUUCGCUGGAUCGAAUGGACACUUUCGGGACAAGAUCUCCCCGAAAAUGACUGGUAUACGUGGAUGCACUUUGCUCUGGAGAGGUCUCCGGAACAGUAUACCCGAGAGCUUGAGGAGACGGUCCGCGGCUUGAAAGCCGCCGGUGGUGGCAGUGGCGAAGACGUCACGAACCGGCGCGUGGAGGAAGGCAUGGGCAACCUGAAUCUUGGCACGAGAGCCAAGGGGGCCACGGAAAACUCCAGUCACACCGUGGAUUUCGCUGAUGAUGUGGGUAGCGACGAGGAGCAGACCACCGUGGCUGGCAAGACCGCUUCAGCUGGUGGCCGUCGUGCGCCUGGCCGUGUUUCGACUAGUGACAAAGGCUCUCACACCGUUGACGUUGACGAAGUCUCGGAAGAAGAAGAGAACCAGCCCAAGAAGAAGUCCAAAAAGAAGAAGAAGAAAAAGUCCAAGGGCUAG